AUGGAUAUCAACGAGAUCACCGCGAGUCAAGGCACCAAUGUAGGACAGCGCGACAGCACCGAUUCGGAAGCGACAAUUCAAGCGGACCACAUCCCAGAGCCCACAGCAUCAUCAAGAAACUGUUCUCUUCAAUCAAUUGACCAGAAGUUGCAAUUCCAACGAUCAGUCAUCGCCAGGACCGGACCACCCUUCUCCUGUCCGCUUUGCGCCCAGACAUUCCAGUUGAAGAAGACUUUGAUCCGACACGCCAAAGACUCCAUCGCCAAUCUGGAGGGAUCACCUUUCGUCUGCAGCAUUUUUGAUUGCGGCUUGCGAUUCAAACGCAAAGACAUACUCUCGAGGCACAUGAAAUCUCAACAUAGUGCAGGUCGUACACUGGUGCAGUGCCCCGUCUGCAGUCAGGAGGUUCGACCGAGAUCUCUGAAAGGCCACCAAGCCACCCAAGCAUGUGCUAACGCACGACCUUCGGCCGCGACGUCGUCUGAUCAAGUGGUACCAACAGCGAGUCAAUCGGACGACUCCAAGGAGGCAUUCUACUCCUUGCAUUCUUACCUCCACGACAUUCUCGACUGUGUCCUACUCACCGCCUGGCUCUUUACCACAGUCAAACCAUGGGGCCCCGGCGAGAUGACCCCAGCUCUCUGGUUCGUUCAAGCACAGCCGCCGCGCUCGUACGAAGUGGAAAAGCUGAAAUGCCUAUUCUUGAAGACACUGAAGACAGCCGUUGAAGCCCCAGAUAUCUCUUGGAACGGCCACUUGCUGGACGCAAUCGCUAUUAUCAAAGUAAUCACAACGAUGACUGAGGGAUGGAAGUAUUCGAACCCGCAUUCGGAUGCAUACAAGAGACUGGCGGAGAUUCAGAUCAGACGAUUGUCUCUGACAAAAGACGCAUUCAUCAACAGUCAACGGUCUCAAGCUUGGGACAGCGUACUCAAUCAGACAGUACCCGAGAAUGAUCGACCGAAGUGUGUCAAUAUUGUCAAACUCAUCCUAGGCGUCAUGCGCAAGGCGACUUGGGAUUCUGUGUCACGGUUGACGGAGGACUUCAGCAAGCCACUGGAGGAUGCUGCCAUCAAAGCACACACGAGAUCGUUUACAACGAUGGCGUUCUUUCAGGGUUAUGGGAGCGACAUCAUUGAGAUAGCCAACACUGCCGUUUCGAUGCACUAG